AUGUUUUCUUUCUUUUGUGGAGAGAGUAAAUAUUGUAGUAAUCUAUUCCUCUCUUUCUUCUUCUUCUUCUUCUUCUUCUUCUUCUUCUUCUUCUUCUUCUUCUUCUAUGUGCCUUACACUCUUCUCUCUCUCUCUCUCUCUCUCUCUCUCUCUCUCUCUCUCUCUCUCUACCAUACAGGUACCCCCCUGCACGCCGCUUUUGACACCUGUAUUCAAGACCUGUCUUUAUCCAACGGCGGCAACUUUAUUUUUUUCUUUUUAUUACGUUUUUUUUUUAUUGUUCUGGUCUUUUUCUUUUCUCUUUUCCUUCUUUCAUGUCCACUACAUUCCUCUCUCGUCACUCUUUUUAAAAAUUUUAUGCACCCUUUUACAUUCCAUCUUCUUCUUCUUUCUUUUCACACUUCUUUCUCUCGUUAUUUUUUUCUUCCUUUGUUUACCAUUUUCACUUUUUUUCCCCUUCUCCUUCCGUCAUAUCUUUCCAGACUACUUAAGUCCAGUCUCAUACAGACUUCUCAGAACAGGGGGAAGUCUUCUCUCUCUCCUCCAAAAUUCAUCCGCAAAUCUCUCGACUCACCGCGACGACAGUCUCGUGACUCUCUCGACUAA